CGGGCGACAUCCGAAGGGAAAAGGGAAGACAGAGUUCAACAAAGCUCUGCCGACGGGGCGGCGCCGCAUUCGAUCUCCUCCCACGAGUCACACACACAAACUCACGCCACCCGCAUCUCGGUCGUGUCGCUCGAACAGACAGACUACCGCCACGGCCGGGCUCCACAUUACACAAUGGGUUCGACAAAGUUUGGCAACUUCGAUGACUUCUGUCGCGAUGCAACCCUCCCUGUGUGCAAUCUCCUUUCGAUUACAGACGACCAAUCGGGGCCAUGGCAGGGUUGCCAGUUGACGGGCAUUCCGCUGUCCGGCGGCCGGCACCUGGGCAACCUGGGUUCCAUAAUACUCUGCGGGAUUGCUAUCCUGGUCACCGGCGUGCUGCUGUAUCGCUCAGAAAGAAAACGGGCAGCUGUCGGGCGGAGGGAAAUGCAAGCGUUCUUACUGGGGUACCUUCUCAUUUCAAUAUGUGAAAUCUUCUCAGUAGGAGAGUUCCCGUUGAACUCCAAAGUGCGGUUGGCUUUCAGCGCCAUUCAUAUUGGCGCGAUCGCGGCGACCACAUGGAUUCUGUUCCUCAAUGGCAUUGUCGGCUACCAGCUGAUGGACGACGGGACGCCGCUCUCUGUCGGCCUGACCGUCGGUUCGGCGCUCAUCUUCCUCAUCGGCGUCGGCUACAUCGCCCUCGACACCGGCUUCUCCUUCACUGGCUUCUGGGACUCCAGCUACGACCUCCCCAACCGGAACAUCGCGCUCUACGUGCUGUACCUGCUCCUGCCGUUAAUAUGGAUUGUGCUCUACUUUGCACUGGAAUCGGUCCUUGUUCUGCGGAUCCUUGGAGAGACGAGGCCGAUGCUCUACCUGGUCUCGGCUGCGGUGGCCUUCGCGGCGGGCCAAGUUUUCGAUUUUGUCGUCAGCCCGUACAUCUGCAACGGCACCUCGGGCGCGAUCGAUGGCGCGCUCUUCGAGACCUUCUUCACCCUCGUGUCGGUCGUCCUGGUCUGGAUCUUCUGGUCGAGCAUCACCGAGGACGACUGGCCGAUGGAUACGGGCAACCCCUAUCCCUAGACAUUAUCGAGAUACCCGCGUCCCUGCUGACGCACCCAGCUGGAGCAACACGGAGCAUCGGAGUUCAAACGGUUGGAUCGGUUUCACUACGCUCUCUUUUGUGAUACCUCUUUCUUUUCUUUUCUCUUCUUUCUUUCUAGCUGCCUGGCGGAACGUCGGCAGCCC